CCCAUGUAGAACAGGUUCUUCAUCUAUAAACAUAGCAGAAACAGAACAAACAUGAAUUACACUGCAACUAUCAAUGGAGUCUUUGCUUCUCCCUCUUCUCUCCCUCCUUUUCAUCUUCUUCUUCCUUCAGUUUCCUUCACCAGCUUUAACUCAAGAUGGAUAUUUCAUCAGCUGUGGAUCCGAUGGCAACGCCACCGUCGAUGAUGGCCGUGUUUUUGCCGGCGAUUACAAAUCUUCAUACCUUUCUGGUGAUGGAGACAAUGCUCUCAAAGACACUUCAAAUUCAAAUUCAAAUUCUCUCUACCACACAGCGCGUGUUUUCACAAGAACAUCCUCCUACAAGUUCCCAAUCAACAGCAGCCGAACCCAUGUAGUACGCCUCCAUUUCUUCCCAUUCAUCUCUCAUGGCUACAAUCUUUCCUCUGCUGUUUUCGAUGUUUCGGUUUCUGGGGAUUUCCUGUUUAGAAAUUUCACAGCUGAUACCAAUAAAAAUGUUACUCUCAAGGAGUACUUCCUCAAGGUAAAGACUACUAAGCUCGAAAUCUCAUUUACUCCUACCUGGAAAUCGUCUUUCGCAUUCGUUAAUGCAGUCGAAGUGUUUCCGGCACCCGAUAAUCUCAUCAGUGACACUGCCCAGCUUGUUGGUCCCACAGGCACACAGCAUUACAAUGGUCUGUUCGAAAAAGUAUUAGAGACCAUCCAUCGAAUUAACGUUGGUGGUCCAAAAAUCACAGACUCCAAUCUGUGGAGAAGUUGGAUUCCUGAUGAACAGUUCUUAGUACUCCCUCAGGCAGCGAAGCCGGCCACUCGUAACGCACCAAUCAUUAAUUGGGGAAUAGUGACCCGUGAUAUCGCUCCUGAGAAUGUUUAUAAUACUGCCCAGCAAAUGAAUCGGGAUAACAAUUCACUUUCACAGAAUUUCAAUAUAAGUUGGGGAUUUGGAGUGAGCUCUGAUUCAAAAUACCUUGUUCGGUUGCAUUUCUGCGACAUUGUUAGUGAACAGCUGGAUGAGCUGUAUUUCCAUGUCUACAUCGGAGAUUCGUUUGCAAUUAGAGAUUUUCACUUCCAUGAUUAUGUCUUCGACCUUGCUGCACCUUACUAUGCAGACUUCGUCGCAGAUCCUGACAAUUUGAGCCAAAUAAAAAUUGGCGUCGGUCCAUCGGAAAAAACGACGCUUUCGAAACAAAAUGCGAUACUAAAUGGGGUGGAGAUCAUGAAGAUAAUUGGUAGUGGGGUUUCCAGAAAGAAUCCGAGGAAACUGUCAAUCGGUGUUCUAGUCGGUGCCGUAGUUGGAGUCUCUGCUUUCAGCUUGCUGCUUGUGGUAGUUUCAGUGCUGGUGUUUAAAUGCUGGAGAAAAACAACAGCAAAGCCCAGAUCUGAAGAAAGCGUGUCGUGGUUGCCGGUGUCUGUACAUGAAAGGAGUUCACGUACUACACUGACUGAAAGAACCAACGGAUCAGACCGUCCAAAUAAAUAUCUAGGACUAAAGAUGUCACUCACCGACCUCCGGCUUGCGACCGAGAACUUCCAUGAGACUUCUCUCAUCGGUUCGGGCGGAUUCGGCAACGUCUAUAGGGGCGUUCUCCAGGAUGGCACCAUAGUAGCGGUGAAGCGGGGAAAGCCCGAGUCCAGACAAGGUUUAAGCGAAUUCGUGGCUGAGAUCACAGUCUUCUCACAAAUACGGCAUCGGCAUCUCGUUUCCUUGAUUGGGUACUGCGAAGAGCAGUCGGAGAUGAUUCUAGUCUAUGAAUUCAUGGAAAACGGUACACUGAAAAGGCACCUCUAUGGUUCGAAUUUGCCGAGCUUGUCUUGGAAGCAGAGGAUCCAGAUAUGUAUCGAUUCAGCACGGGGCCUUCAUUACCUUCACACCGGGUCUGCAAAGGGAAUCAUUCACCGUGAUGUGAAGACGGCGAACAUUCUCCUUGACAAGAAUUACUCGGCGAAGGUCGCCGAUUUCGGUCUUUCAAAGCCGAUCCUGUCUCUUGAUCAGUCCCACAUAACCACCGUGGUUAAAGGCACAUUUGGGUACCUUGAUCCAGAGUAUUACAAGAGGCGCCAGCUAACCGAGAAGUCGGAUGUGUAUUCAUUUGGUGUUGUCCUUCUUGAGGUCCUCUGUGCACGGCCCGCCAUCGAUGUUUCGCUUCCAAGGGAUCAGGUGAAUAUAGCUGAGUGGGCCUUAGAAAGCCUAAAGAAGGGGUUGCUCGAGCAGAUCAUCGAUCGCAGACUUGUCGGUCAGAUCAAUCCUAUCUCUUUGAGAAAAUUCAUGGAGACGGUGCAGAGGUGUUUGUCUGAGUACGGCGCUGAUCGGCCUACAAUUGGAGAUGUGUUGUGGAACUUGGAGUAUGUAUUGCAGCUUCAAGACAUUCCAGUUCAUAGAGAAGCAUAUGAAGACAGUGCUGUCAGUGCAGUUGGGCCGCCGUUACCAGAUGUUCGACGCGUUCCUUCAAGGAGUGUGCAGUUAGAGAGUGAUGAUCCGUCUUCAAAUGGUAAUGGGAGCUCGGAAACAACGGCCAGUGGAGUUUUUUCGCAGUUGUUUGGGAGUGAUGGAAGAUAGAUGUGGCAUAGGUAUGGCUUCUAGUGAUCUGAGAAGAAUAUCAGGGCCCAGAGUCAUGAAUGUGGGGUCCAUGAUUUGGUGAACUAAAAUGUUGAUCUGAUGAGCCCAACUCGAGAUUGGGAUUGGGAAGAUCCUAGCCUUUUGAUCAAUGCUUAUGGACGGUUAAGAGACCAAUUGUGGGCGUCCUAAAUCAAUGGUGGGGCAUCAGAUCAACGGGUGGAUCAUCAAACCAUGUACACCACAUGCAGAAUUAUGAGGCUUAGGAUCCCAUAGUUCCUCUUGGUUUGGGCCUUGGUUUUUUUUUUUUUUUUUUCCUGUUUUUACAGUUUCUGUUUUCUUUUUAACGGUCAGGAAGUCUUAUUUAGCUGAUCUAAAAUAGAAUAUGCAUUUUAGCAUGUUGUAGGCUCCCACCGCACAAAAGUACGCCGUAUCUUAAGAUUUAUAUCACUCCCUUGGUAGGGAUCUUGGAUUCUA